AAAAAGACCGCUAGAAGACCAGAUGUACGCCAGAAGAUCGAUUAAAUCCUCGGCAUCCGUGCCCUUAAUUCAGGUGCAGUGCAAAGGACCCAAUGGUUCAGGUCCUGAGUGGUUGCCCCUCAAACAGGAUUGGAGCAGCCGAUGGUGCACACUUCCCGAUCGAUUUACUGAGGAGUUUUCGCAGCGGAUUUAUGACUUCAAUACGCGAGACAGCGAUGUUUUUUUGGUUACUUUUAUGAAGUCGGGGACUACGUGGAUGCAGGAAUUGGCUUGGCUUUUGCUUAAUAACAUGAAUUUUGAAGCAGCUCAAAGCAGUUAUACAAUGAUACGAAGUCCAUACUUAGAGAAAUCAGCUAUAUACUCUGAUGGGGUGGAUUACAUAUCGCUGUGCAAUGAUAUUCAAACUAAUCCUCGAUUUAUCAAAUCGCAUUUGCCUGCACAACUUUUGCCCCCGCAAUUCUGGAAGAAGGGUUGCAAAAUUAUUUACUUGGCCCGAAAUCCUAAGGAUGUUGUGGUCUCGUCCUUUCACUUUCUGACUGGCCUCGAUUUUUGGCGUGGCAGCUUGGACGAAUUCGUGGAUGACUUCGUUGCUGAUAAGAUGGCUUUUACCUCAUACUGGGCUCACGUUAUCGACUUCUAUAGGAUGCGCAAUGAAGAGAACGUUUUCUUCGUUACCUACGAGGAAAUGAGUCGAAAUCUCAAAGAUGUGGUUCAGAGAUUAUCGCGGUUUUUGGACUGCAAAGAACUAAGCGAAAGUGAAAUGGAUAAACUGCUUACGCACUUGAACUUUAAAAACAUGAAAGGAAGGAAGUUUGGAAACAGCACUGGCUUGUUGUCAACUCUCCGAAAAACCAAGGAUGAUUUUAAUUUUAUGCGGCGUGGAAUUGUCGGCUCGUACAAGGAUGAGCUAAGUCCUGAGAAUAGGAAUAAGAUUGAUAAAUUAACCGAGAGGUUUUUGGAAGAAUAUGGAGUUACCGAAUCCGAAAUAUUUGGUUCAAUGGAAUAAGAUAUAAUGAUACAAAAACAUAUAAAACAUACAUCAUAUUUUUUUUUUAUAUAUUUAUCAUUUGUUUGAAACAUUUAUAUUUCUUUGAUUUAAUGAUUUUUGCUAUUUUUUUUAAGUUAGCAGUGCUGUUGAGACCGUGUUUUUGGAACACAACAGUAUAAAAACAUCGAUUUCAAUCGGACCAGUGGUCAUAUGAGAAAGUCAAGCAGAGCAAAUAUUCACCAAAAUAAUCUGUUCAUCUAUUAUAUUCAAAAUAAAUACCCUUUAAUAAUUGGUUA